UGUUUUUUCUUUUUUCUUUUUUUCCUCCAAAUCUCCAAAAGCCUGAAAAUUCCUUUUCUUUUUAAAGAGCUAAAUGACUCUAAAAGUAACAACAAUAACAGCAGCAUCUACCUCCAUUGACUUUCACUGCAUCUGUCUGGUUGCUUUUGCUGGCUGAAGUGACAGAAACUCAGCCAGAAAAGAAAACCCUAACAGAUUUCACUGGUGGGGAAUAAAAGUUCUGAGCAGCUUCCUUUUGCACUAGGGUGGCAUGGAGGAAAGUGUUUUCCUCCAAAAGGGAUCCAUUUUGCAAACCAGGAAAGACUAUUUAGCAGUGACUCUUAAAUAUCUGUGAGUCACAGAUGGAGACUUUUGCAAAUCAGAUGCAGGUUUUGGACCAUUCUUCCUUGGGAAAUUUACUUACAUACAGGGAUGCUAUAUGUCCAUAAUUUUGGUCCAUCUCAAGAGGUUCAUGGAACUCCCUGCCCCAAGGCCAUUUGUGAACCUCUUUGGAAUACCCAGGAUCUAGUGAAUGUACCUAGAAAUCCUUGUUGCAUUUAUCCUGUUUAACUUUAACAGCCCUCUAGCAAGGCUCUAGAGUACAAGUACAAUCACCACUAUCCCCACCCCGCCACAGUCUGGUAACCUUUCAUACUUGAGUGAAAAGUAAUAAUUAUGCAUUUUAUACCCUGAGUUGGAAAACCAGUCACCAGUUGCUAUGCUGACUCAAUCUACAUACUGUUGACUAUUUUUAGGAACUCUUUCUAUUGGAUGCAAUAAAAUGCUAUUUAGAAGUAAUAAAAUGUGGCUCUGUAGUAUGACUAUUUCACAGAGACCCGAAGAAUUCCACAGAAGGAUCUUAAGUUUCUCACCCCAAGGCUAACAUAUUGCUUGGCCUGCAGUUAGACUUGCAUUAUCUCCUGUUUUUCAGGUGGCAGCAAUUUCCUGGCUUUGCUAUUGGCAGAAGGGGACUGAGAUGUCCUGGGUCCUACCUGACAAUACUCCUAGGCUCACAGGGUGUUGAAAAAUCUCCUCCAGAGCUUUGGAAGGCUGAAUGGACUAAACAUGAAGAGCUUGAAAGCGAAGUUCAGGAAGAGUGACACCAAUGAGUGGAACAAGAACGAUGACCGGCUGCUGCAGGCCGUGGAGAAUGGAGAUGCAGAGAAAGUGGCAUCGCUGCUGGGCAAGAAGGGGGCCAGCGCCACCAAGCAUGACAGCGAGGGCAAAACCGCUUUUCAUCUGGCUGCUGCAAAAGGACAGGUGGACUGCCUCAGGGUCAUGGUUACACAUGGUGUGGAUGUGACAGCCCAAGAUACUAGCGGACACAGCGCUUUACACCUCGCAGCUAAGAACAGCCACCAUGAGUGCGUCAAGAAGCUCCUUCAGUCUAAAUGCCCAGCCGAAAGUAUUGACAGCUCUGGGAAAACAGCUUUACAUUAUGCAGCGGCGCAGGGCUGCCUUCAAGCUGUGCAGGUUCUCUGCGAGCACAAGAGCCCCAUAAACUUCAAGGACUUGGAUGGGAAUAUACCACUGCUUCUUGCAGUGCAAAAUGGCCACAGUGAGAUCUGUCACUUUCUCCUGGAUCACGGAGCAGAUGUCAAUUCCAGGGACAAAAGUGGAAGAACUGCUCUCAUGCUGGCUUGUGAGAUUGGCAGCUCUAACAUCGUGGAAGCCUUAAUUAAAAAGGGUGCAGACCUAAACCUUGUAGACUCUCUUGGACACAAUGCCUUACAUUAUUCCAAACUCUCAGAAAAUGCAGGAAUUCAAAGCCUUCUAUUAUCAAAAAUCUCUCAGGAUGUUGAUUUAAAGACCCCAACAAAACCAAAGCAGCAUGAUCAAGUCUCUAAAAUAAGCUCAGAAAGAAGUGGAACUCCAAAAAAACGCAAAGCUCCACCACCUCCUAUCAGUCCUACCCAGUUGAGUGAUGUGUCUUCCCCAAGAUCAAUAACUUCAACACCACUUUCAGGAAAGGAAUCAGUAUUUUUUGCUGAACCACCCUUCAAGGCCGAGAUCAGUUCUAUUCGAGAAAACAAGGACAGACUAAGCGAUAGUACUACAGGUGCUGAUAGCUUAUUGGAUAUAAGUUCUGAAGCUGACCAACAAGAUCUUCUUGCCCUAUUGCAAGCAAAAGUUGCUUCCCUUACCUUACACAAUAAGGAAUUACAAGAUAAAUUACAAGCCAAGUCACCCAAGGAGGCAGAAGCAGACUUAAGCUUUGACUCUUACCAUUCCACCCAAACCAACUUGGCCCCAUCCCUGGGCAAACCUGGUGAAACCUCUCCCCCAGAUGCCAAAUCAUCUCUAUCUGUCUUAACACAUUCCAUAGAUAAAUCCACUGUUGACAGCGACGUCAGAAUUCAGCAACUACAAGAGAUUUUGCAAGACUUGCAGAAGAGAUUAGAGAGUUCUGAAGCAGAAAGAAAACAGCUACAGGCUGAACUCCAGUCCCGAAGGACGGAACUGGUAUGCUUAAACAACACAGAGAUGUCAGAGAACGGCUCUGACCUCAGCCAGAAACUUAAGGAAACCCAGAGCAAGUAUGAGGAGGCCAUGAAAGAAGUCCUGAGUGUACAGAAGCAGAUGAAACUGGGUCUCGUCUCGCCUGAGAGCGUGGAUAGUUACUCACAUCUCCAUGAGCUGAGGGUCUCUGAGGAGGAAAUAGACGUGCUAAAGCAGGAUCUGCAGAAGGCAUUAGAAGAAAGUGAAAGAAAUAAAGAGAAAGUGAGAAAGUUAGAGGAAAAACUUACAGAGAGGGAGAAAGAUACAGCGAUUAAGCCACCUGCAGAGGAAUAUGAGGAAAUGAAAAGUUCAUACUGCUCUGUUAUUGAGAAUAUGAAUAAGGAGAAAGCAUUUUUGUUUGAGAAAUACCAAGAAGCCCAAGAAGAAAUCAUAAAAUUAAAAGACACACUAAAUAGUCAGGUGACACAGGAAGCCAGUGAUGAAGCUGAGGACAUGAAAGAAGCCAUGAAUAGGAUGAUAGAUGAACUCAAUAAACAGGUGAGUGAGCUAUCACAGCUGUACAAGGAAGCCCAGGCUGAGCUGGAAGAUUACAGGAAGAGGAAAUCUUUAGAGGAUGUAACAACCGAAUACAUCCAUAAGGCAGAGCAUGAAAAAUUGAUGCAAGUGACAAACGUGUCCAGGGCUAAAGCAGAAGACGCACUGUCUGAAAUGAAGUCUCAGUAUUCAAAAGUGUUGAAUGAAUUGACCCAGCUGAAACAACUGGUAGAUGCACAGAAAGAGAACUCUGUCUCUAUCACAGAACAUUUGCAAGUGAUAACCACACUGCGAACUACUGCAAAAGAGAUGGAACAAAAAAUAAGCAGCCUUAAAGAGCACCUUGCAAGCAAGGAAGUAGAAGUGGCAAAGCUGGAAACACAACUCCUAGAAGAGAAAGCUGCUAUGACAGAUGCGAUGGUACCCAGGGCUUCCUAUGAAAAGCUCCAGGCAUCCUUAGAGAAUGAAGUGAGUGUGUUGGCGUCGAAGUUAAAGGAUUCCGUGAAAGAGAAAGAAAAGGUCCAUUCAGAGGUUGCCCAGAUUCGAAGUGAGGUCUCACAGGUAAAAAGAGAAAAGGAAAGUAUUCAGACUCUCUUGAAAUCCAAAGAGCAAGAAGUAAAUGAACUUCUGCAAAAAUUCCAGCAAGCUCAGGAUGAACUUGCAGAAAUGAAAAGAUAUUCUGAGAGCUCUUCUAAACUGGAGGAGGAUAAAGAUAAAAAGAUAAAUGAGAUGUCGAAGGAAGUCAUCAAAUUGAAGGAGGCCCUGAACAGCCUCUCGCAGCUCUCCUACUCAACAAGCUCGUCCAAAAGACAGAGUCAGCAGCUGGAAGCGCUGCAGCAGCAGGUCAAGCAGCUCCAGCACCAGCUGGCCGAAUGCAAGAAACAACACCAGGAGGUGGUAUCAGUUUACAGAAUGCAUCUUCUGUAUGCUGUGCAGGGCCAGAUGGAUGAAGAUGUUCAGAAAGUACUGAAGCAAAUCCUUACCAUGUGUAAAAACCAGUCUCAAAAGAAGUAAAGUGGAUUCCUUGGCAGGACACUGCCCCCUUGUCGUCCAUCUUGUGUUAGAUCCAGAGUUGUUGGCAACCACUGCCGUUGUUCUCAUUUGUGGUAUGCACUGUGGCCUAGCAUAGCUUCUUCCCUUUCCAAAGUUUUCUGAGGACUCGUCCCAGGAGAAGACUGCCCUCCUCAGAACUGCUUACACUUCAAACCAGCAGAGGUGAAGGUUCCUGUCAACCCUUCAGGCUCUAGGGCUGGGAUCAGCCACAUCCAAAGGUCUGGUCCUGAUGGGGCAGGUGGGCACCCUUCUCGGUACCUGACCAGCUGAGUUGAGUGACUCCAUCACCACUGAGUGACAUGCUGAAGUCUCCACACAGUGAAAGCUGUUUCCAUUCCUGCCCUCGCGCUGUGCCAGUCAGCAUGGGAGAGCUCUUUUUGCCUUUGGCUUCCAAUCCCAAAAACAUGAUUUACUUUCUAACCAAAUUAGUAUGGCAUUAGUUAUGAAGCACAUGCUUAAGACCCUUUAUCAUGGUAUCCUGUGGAUUUAAAAACUCCAAUUCCAUCUUUUUCCCUCAUCUGCCUUAUAUAUCUCAUCACCCUGCUUAUCAACCUCAUACUUUGAUGAGCACUGUUAACUAAAACAUGAAGUUUAAAAACAAAAGCAAAUUGUCCUUAGAAGCUUUUUUAAUUAAAUCGUUGACAUAUUGCAAAUUUUCUAUGCAAACUUGGCUCCUGCUGUUAUCCAUGAAACUCAGGAAAUCCAAUUUGUGUUUCAACAAGGGACAGUAAACUGUAUGUUUACAGCCAAAAGAAAUGCCUCGUAGUUCCUAACCUCAAUUUUUUUAAACUGUUUUUUUCUCUAUAAUAUUUUUAUUGGCUCUUAAAGAUGUUUUCAUAUCUAAACCCCUAAAUAAGUAAAAUUACAUUAGAUUAUAUUAACAAAAUAUUUUUUAGGUAACCAUGCUUAAGACUUUUUAAAAAUAUAACUUUUUCCUCGAAGUUUUCAACUAUAGCAAAAAGUAGUUAGGUAUUCCAGACUUGAUAUGAGCUGCCACCAAUACCCCUAGGACUUUCUGCCAUUGUGUCUUCAAAACUGUAGUGCAUUUCUGAAUAUAGUAAAUCUUCUUUCUACCCGUUGAAUAUUUUUUAAUGUCCUGACUACCAGCACCCAUAAAUGAUCUCUGAAAGGACUAUUAGUACCAAUAAAUUUUUUGACUUUGAAACUAACGUCAAUAUGGUAAUGUGGUACAUAGGUCUUGGGGAGAAAUAUUUGUGUUCGCUUUAUUUUCAGGUUAAAAAUGUUCCUACCUUGUUUGCAUCUUCCCUUAUGGCAUUGAUCUUGUUGAGGGAGAUAAACAGUAUAUAGAAUUCUCCAAAGUAUUUAACUAAAAAUGUAGGGCCUGCUUUGAAGGGCCCACAUACUGCAAGGCUGUUUGGGCUCAGGGGGUGCUUGGCUGUACUGGAUGUUAUGUUAAUCUGUAUUGGAUAAGGACCAACGACAGCAAAGUAAAAAUGGCUUUAAAGCUUGGUGUUACUUAAGUUGUUUAAUUGUAGUUAAGCAAUUUCAAAAAUGCUCCAAAGAAAUGUGAAAGGACUUUUUGUCACAGCACUUAAGAAAAUACAAAAUAAUCCCCCUCUGGCCACCGCACAGAAAUGCUGCAGAGUAUAAAACUUGAGACAUUUUGUAGGAUGCCUGAAAAAGUGUAGCCUUUGAUCUUGUUUCAGGAUGCAUAUUUAUUACAAGUACUCUGGUUAAAUAUUGAAAACUUAUAUGCUGUAGUUUAGUAUUUUGUCUUUGUAAUUUACAGAAGUUAUUGCAGAAAAAUAAACUUGUUUCAUUUUGCA